AAGUAACAAAACACUGUUAAUUAAUUAGUACUAAUCAUCGAUUAGGACUCGAUCAAUGAAGGCCCUGCCCCACUUCUGCUUCCAGGAGACGGGUCGUUGAAGCAAACGCAAUAUUAGAGUCCCUUCCCAGGAAUAAAAGAGCCCCAUCAGUGUUUAUCUGUUGAGAAUUCAGCGCAAGACCCAGGAACGUUGAACCCAAAAAAGAAAGAUUUUCCAUGAUCAAAAUCUUCGUUUUUACCAUCUGGGUUUUUUAAAUUAUUGAGCUUUCAUCUAUUUUGGAAGAGCUCGGUUCAUUGGAUUUGUCGCUUUCACAUUUGUCCUUUUCUUUUUUCCCCCUCAAUGCUUAACCUUUAAGAUUCUAGUCCUAUUUCCAAUUUACUAUUUCACUGCCGGAUUUUUCGAGGCAGAUGCUUUAAAACUAGCUUUGGCAUUUUUAUUCUUUCAAUCGGUUGAAUUUGAUCGGAAGAGAGAAUUAGUUGCGUGGAAGGAUGAGGGAAAAACUAGGGUUUUUCCUCUGUGUUUGGCUUUUGCUUUGUGGGUCUUGCUUUGGUAGGUUUGUUGUUGAGAAGAAUAGCUUGAAAGUGACUUCGCCUGAAUCAGUUAAGGGGGUGUAUGAAUGUGCGAUUGGGAAUUUUGGGGUUCCUCAGUAUGGAGGGACUUUAGUUGGGACUGUAGUUUAUCCAAAAGCCAAUCAGAAGGCGUGCAAGGCAUUCGAUGAGGUUGAUAUCUCCUUCAAAUCAAAGUCUGGAGGUCUACCCACUUUUCUUCUUGCCGAUCGAGGAGAUUGUUACUUCACCAUGAAGGCCUGGAAUGCACAGAAUGGUGGAGCUGCAGCUAUUCUGGUUUCAGAUGACAAGGAUGAACCAUUGAUUACAAUGGACAGCCCUGAAGAAGAAAAUGCAGAUGCUGAUUAUCUGCAAAAGAUCAACAUUCCAUCAGCCCUUAUCAGCAAGUCCUUGGGAGACAGUAUCAAGAAGGCUCUAUCUAAUGGGGAGAUGGUGAACAUAAAUCUGGAUUGGACAGAGGCUCUUCCACACCCUGAUGAUCGUGUUGAAUACGAGUUCUGGACAAAUAGCAAUGAUGAAUGUGGGCCAAAGUGUGACAGCCAGAUAGAGUUUGUCAGGAAUUUCAAAGGUGCAGCUCAGAUACUUGAGCAGAAGGGUUACACUCAAUUCACCCCACAUUAUAUAACAUGGUAUUGCCCGGAAGCAUUCAUUCUGAGCAAACAAUGCAAAUCCCAGUGCAUAAACCAUGGUAGGUACUGUGCUCCAGAUCCUGAGCAGGACUUUAGUAGAGGAUAUGAUGGAAAAGAUGUUGUGGUUCAAAAUCUUCGUCAAGCUUGCUUCUUCAAGGUGGCCAAUGAAAGCGGAAAGCCAUGGCUUUGGUGGGAUUAUGUCACUGACUUUGCAAUCCGCUGCCCUAUGAAAGACAAGAAGUACACAAAAGAGUGUGCAGAUCAAGUCAUCCAAUCUCUUGGUGUGGACCUCAAGAAGGUAGACAAGUGUAUAGGUGACCCUGAGGCAGAUAUGGAAAACCCGGUUCUAAAAACUGAACAAGAUGCCCAGAUUGGAAAAGGCCCUCGAGGAGAUGUGACUAUACUGCCAACUCUUGUUGUAAACAACAGACAAUAUAGAGGUAAGAUGGAUAAAGGGCCAGUUCUUAAAGCUAUUUGUGCAGGAUUUGAAGAGACCACAGAGCCAGCGAUAUGCUUAAGCGAAGAUAUAGAAACCAACGAGUGUUUGGAGAACAAUGGAGGGUGCUGGCAGGACAAGGCCGCAAACCUUACUGCAUGCAGGGAUACUUUUCGAGGAAGAGUAUGUGAAUGUCCUGUGGUACAUGGAGUGAAGUUUGUUGGUGAUGGUUAUACCCAUUGUGAAGCAGCCUCAGGUUUUUUACGUUGUGAAAUUAACAAUGGUGGAUGCUGGAAGAAAUCCCAAGAUGGCAGGACUUUUUCUGCUUGUGUUGAGGAUCAUUCACAAGGUUGCAAGUGUCCUCCAGGAUUCAAGGGUGAUGGAGUCAACUCCUGCGAGGAUGUGGAUGAAUGCAAAGAGAGGACAGCCUGCCAAUGUUCAGAAUGCAAAUGCAAGAAUACAUGGGGCAGUUAUGAGUGCAGCUGCGGUAGUGGUUUAUUAUACAUGCGAGAACAUGACACAUGCAUAAGAAAAGAUGCCAAUACAGAGGUUGGCUGGAGCUUUGUUUGGAUGAUUAUUCUUGGCUUGGCUGCUGCUGGAUUUGCUGGAUAUGCUAUUUACAAGUACAGAAUCCGGAGGUACAUGGAUUCAGAGAUAAGAGCUAUCAUGGCGCAAUAUAUGCCCUUGGAUAAUCAAGGAGAUAUACCUGUACACCACGCUUCCCGUGGCGACAUCUGAUGGAAGAAGAUUCAGAGGUGCUUUGAUUAGCAUAUUUAUUGCAGGGUAUGUAUGGUUGAGUAAAAGGGUGUUUUUUAUCAUGUAGCCUCUCACAAACUUUGUCUCUGUUAUACGUACAAAAUGGCACACAUAAUUCCAGGACCACUGUAAAUUUCCCAUCUCAUAUUAAAACCAGUUUAAUUGUUCA